AUGCAUCUUAUCAGCAAAAUUCUUUAUGUCUGCGUCGCUUUACACGUCGCCUUUCAGGGCGCGUCCGGCGCAAUUCUCCGGGGACGAACCAGCGAUGCCGAUUCUAACCAGCUUUCAGCAAGUGAUUUUCAAACUCUGAGCCAGGCCGCGGAGGAUCUGAACAGUCAGCUGGACAACUUUUUGAGAAACUGGAGCGGUGGUCACCGUAAACCCGAAACCGAGGAAACCACAACCAUUGUCAAGCGGCAAACCAGUGGCCUCUCGAUAUCUGCGCAAGACCUUCAAGAUCUUUUGAAGCUCAUCCAGUCCAUCGAGCGGCAGUUGGCGGCGAUCAUCUCUGGCAGCACCACGGCAAGCGGGACGGUGGCACCGGCUCCGUCAAACACUGUCAACAACCCUGGGCCGGUUGCUUCUUCGUCACCUGCCAAUCCAGGUGUAAGUUCUCCUACCCCCAACCCCGUUCUAACGAACACAGGAAAUGGCGGGCCGCUCACCACGGCAUACGGGACGUCCGUCUCGACCGGGACGAGAUGCGUAACGACCAUCACUCAGACCUUUACCGAGUAUGUCAAUGAGGACGGAACGACAGCCGUGCCUGGGGCUCGCCGAUCAGUCGUGGACGACGUCGAGGUGGAUGCCGAAGAGGACGAUGAGCCUUGGGUAACUGCCACCGUACCUCGGGACACUGAAGAAGACGAUGAGUGGGAGCCCUGGGUCCAGUUCGACGGGACUACCACCGAGGAUGACGAGUCCGAUGUGGGCUUCACGACGCGCGAUUCCUGGACGGAGCUGGGUGUUAAGCGUCGUGAUCCGCUGGGGGAGACCAGUGGCCCUGGGCUCCUCUUCGUUCGCGACGAGGAGGGAAUUUGA